AUGGCAUUCAAAUACGUACUCUCAUUUACCGCGCUGAUCGCCGUAGCCAAUGCUGGCGCACUCCUCGCUCCCGUGGCUGUGACCAAGAUUGUCAAUCCCGCUGUCGAUGCUGUUGCUACCACACACCAAAACGUUGUACGCUCCUUCGCUGGCACUGGCUCUCAUCACUCCAAGGCUGUGGAUACACCUUACUCCAGCGUACGCCAAUCGGACACGCGCAUCAACAAUAAAGUCUAUGCACCAGCUAUCGCUAAGACUGUGACCACUUACGCUGCUCCUGCUGUGGCGCCAGUUUUGCAUGCUGCACCUCUGGUUAGCAAGACCGUGCUCUCGCCAGUCGCUAAGGUGGCUCCAGUUGUGUACUCACAACCCGCUCCGGCUGCUGUUUAUGGUCAUGUUGCUGCUGCUCCAGCUAUUGCCUACUCGCCGGCGGCUACUGUUGCCCAUGUUGCUUUCGAUGGUUUUGGCACUCACUGGGGCUACUAA